AUGAGCUUUUAUGAGUUGGAUGAUGAUUAUCAAGAAAUCAAGGAUGAGAUUCAUUUGGAAGAUUUCUUUUGGACUGGUUCGGGAGAUGGGCCACCCGAUUUUCUGAAGAAAGUCCACACGGGCAUAAGUAAGGGAAAGGAUGUAAUUGUCAAGACCGAAACUGUGGUGGCCACUGUCUAUGUGGAGGGCAAUAAUGAAAUCGAUAUACCCAUUUGUUUGGACUGCAAGUCUGACGAUGGCGGUAGCAAUUGGGAUUUGGGAACAUCUGGAAUGCCACCUUUGAACUACUCGGCCACAGAUAGACGAUAUUGGCUAUUGACUGUCAUGUCGGGUUUCUAUACACCUAAAGAUAAUCCCAUGCUUGAGGACAAACUGGCACGUUUAUAUCGUUUGGCCUUUACCAGACAACAAACUCGACACCUGGGCAUAAAUGGGGCACAGCAAAUUGAAGGAGUUUCGGUGACCGUACCACGCGAACGUCGUCAACCACCAUCGAGCAGUACCACGACAUCGCCUGCCGAUGAUGUCGAGAUAUUGGACAUGGAAGUUGAUGGCUAUGAUGGGCCCUAUAUAAAAACAGCCAGGGCGGCAGGUGGCAAAACCGAAUGGAGCAACGACUCCGAUGAGGAGCCCGACGAGACCAGGAUAGGUGUGGGAAGCACCUCAAUAUCAAUACCAAACGCAAGCACAGAGUCUAUUGACUAUAGUGCAUAUGUUACAUUAAUCCCCUGGGAGCUCAUACAACAGAACGGCAAGUCCGAAAAGUUGCAGGAAAUGCGCGACGCAUUGUUAAGUCAGGCACAGGCACAACCCCAGCCACAUCCCCAGCCCCAUCCUGAACCGCAGCCCGUCUAUCGGGACGAGCGUGUUAGGGUUGUCAUACAUAACCUCACGCAAAUCAGCGAGGCUGAUAUUCAAAAGUGGAACACCAACGGUGAUGAUGGAAUGGCUACUGACGCAUAUGUUAACCUUAAAUUGAAUGAGCGCCCCAUAGCCAACCAGACGGAAUUGAUCUAUACGGUUCUGGUCAAUGGACGUCCAGUGAUGGCCACAACAGCCGCCAAGGACAUGGAGUUGGUUAGCGAGGCAGAAGCAGUCAGUACGUUGGGCAAACCUAUUUACAUGAAAUCGGAGCCUUAUAUUAGAGAACCCACAGCCACAGCCUUGGCCCCGGUUCCUCGCAGCAGUCAAGCGGGAUUCUUUAACUCGGUGAAAAAUAAUGUUGCCCUGGUGGUCAUUAGUUCCUUGGCCAUUCUGCUCUUGAUGCUGCUUCUGGUAGCGGUUCUAUUACUAGGACGCACACGUGCACGCCAGAAGGAACUAAGCGAAAUUAAUAGGCAUUCUUCACGCAAUGACUUAUUGUCGGAGGGUCAGUCUGUACGUCCUAGCACUAGCGGAGGACUUGAUGGUGGUCAGAGUACCGGACGUUCGCGUGAUGUGGGUGUCCAGAACUUUUCAUAUGAACGAGAAGCUCGCAUUAGUUUCCCAGCUCCACCACCUGAUACACGUUCACGUCGAGAUUCCAUUUCAUCGACUGACAACACUUCCGACUCUUCGGUGUAUUGCCCCAUUAAUCCGCCAAGUGCUGAUGUGCAACGUAUUCUGGAUGAAAAGGCUGCCCGAUUAUUUGAUAGUCACAAGCGCCGGCAUCAUCAACAUCAGUAUGAUCGCGCCGAAGGCCAUGAGGACACAAUCUAUACAUCAGUGGUGUCUGAGAAAAAAAGUGAUAAGUCCAGGCAUAAGUCAAAGCGUCGAUACUUGAAUGAGAAUCGAGUGGGUUCACUUGAGACCAGCCCCGUUCAAGGGUCCUCCAUGCGUGUCGGUGAUCAUUCGUCAGCAGAGGAAGGUAGUGCUGGCUCUCCAGCUGCACUGCGUCGAAGUUACGAGAACUUUCAGCGGAGUGAGGCCUACAAUCCGCACAACAACUAUCAUCGAAACAAACUGAUUCAUCAGCAGCAGAAGCAGGCUGAGUUUAGAGAUAAGAAUUUCACCGAUAACAUUGGUUCACCACAGGCAAUUAACAAGGAGGUCAUUCGAAAUAUACAACCAUCCGAAAAGUCAUCCGAUACGGCUAGCGUGGGCUCCUUCCUCUCGAUGUCAUCGGUACGAGCGUUUCCAAAGAGCGCUUUGCCUGAACCAUUGAAUCGAGUCCUUGAUCCCGUCUUUGUCACCUACUAUGAUAAUGUGAAUGCUGUAUCAUCCAAGACGGCUGCACAACUGCACAACUCAACCAGAUCUCUGAAGUCACAGAAAACGAUGGGCAGCAAGGAUAGCACCAUAGCCACAAUAGCCAGUUUUCCCAGCCCCAAGGCUCCGCCUUCCAUACGAAAUGUACGCUCCGCCUCGCACAGUGACAAUCCGGAUCCUGGUGUGGUGGGUCCUGUCGUCUGGGAGCGGCACAAGAAACGUUUGGGCAGCGCCGGCAAUGAGGAGGCCCUGCUGAUCUAUAGCCCCAGUCCAAUGCACGAUCCCUCGGCCAUACGCAACCAUUAUGAAGGACUGCUGGAAGGUGCCAUGCAAAUGUAUGCCAGCCAAGAUGAUCUACCCAUGCCGCUGCCCACACGUGAUUUCACAAAUAAUAGACGAGCCACAAAGCGUGAACAUCGCGGAUCUUCUGCAGGUCUACCAAGUUACCAAGCAAAGAUCAGUGGGACAACUGAACGUCCGGCCACAGCUCAGCCGGAAAAGACUUCAAAAUCCGCACAAUCAACACAGCCGCCUUCUCCCACCUACAGUGCCUGGGGUGGUGGCAGCACGCAUCGCUCUGACACCAAUUCACCAUCACUGAAUCGGCCCCUGAGCGCCGGUCCGUUUCAUCGGCCCGAAACAAUUUUAGAGAUCUCAAGGGGUGCCGCGAAUACACCGGGCAGACGCCAGGAUUCUGCAGCUCCCCUCAUCGAGGCCAUACAAACCGAAUUACGCAAGUUUAAGCAUCAGCAAGAUAAGGACUAAAUGGGAUGGAAAUGGUUUAUAAGGAUGCCAGCAAGAUGA